UAAUGAGCUUCUUCUAUGUUAGCACAAGCACACAGAUUCUAAAUACGGCUGGAGACUGGGGGCAUCGGACCUGUGGGUAUGAGAGGAUAUGAGAAGUAGAAAGCUGUGCAUUCCCAGGUUAGAUAGUCUCACCUUCUGUGCCUUACAAAAGCUUCUCCCCAAUGGCCCGGGGAAGAGUGUGCACUCACUAAGGAAGGAGCCAGGAGAUGAAAGGGUGGGGGCUGGCUGCAGAGCUGAGUAGGAGGGGCGGAGCCUCAAGGGCACAGACCUCAAGUCCCCACAUAGCUGGAUCAGCUGGAGACAGACCAGCUAGGAACUAGCCAAGGACCCUAAGGCAUUAUGAAAGACCUCUACGUCAGAGUUACUAUCAUAGUUGUAAGUCUUUGCUUUGCAAGAACAGCGACAAACCCAUCAAGAAAAAGCAGUAUAUCUCUCAGUUCCGAGUACCAGUGGGACGGGUAUCUCCUGGCAAACUGUUGGCCUUCUCCAAGACACUCCUCACAGAGAGCAGACACCGAGGAGGUGAGCCUCCAUUUCCUUCAAAUCCUCUCCCAGUCUUACACAAAAGGAGGGUGGCAAAUGAGACAUCUGGACCUCAGGAACCACCGCCUAUCAAAAAGGACCCUCGGGCCUCGGGCCCAUGUACGUGCUCUGGAGACGCUCACGCUCAGCGACAAUACCAUCCGUUGCCUCUCGCUGGGUCUGCCCCUGCCCCGCUCCUCCCAGCAAAAGCGCCCCAGAAGCGGCUCCCACCGCGGAUGCCCCCGGGGAAAGGUGCUGAUUCUUCAAAGAAAUCCACUCAGUGCUACUCCUAAAGGACGGUGGAAGCUGAUGUCAUUGCGGAGUCCGGAUCUGUCAUUCAACGGGAUAGUUCAUGUCGGGCUGUCUGAUUUCCGUGGCUGCCUGCAGCUGGAGACCAUCUAUUUAAAGAAAAACAAGAUACGCACGAUCCACCCAGAUGCCUUCAAAGGGCUCAAAAAAUUACAGCAGGCGGUAGGCCUCAGAAGCAAUGCGCUGACCACCCCUGUACCAGUUGUGGCCAUUGUUCUAGAAGUGCCCCACCUGGAACUUGACUUGACUGAUAACCAGUCACUAUGUGGUGAGAACAAUGCCAGCUUCCAAAACAUCACCUCUGUGUCCUGGAGGGAAGAGUGGAAUGCCAUCUGCAAUAUGUCUGUGGGGAUGGAGAAACCUCAUCUGGAGACUCCUCGGAUCCGAAUCUCCAGGGACACACACCUUCCUCACAGGAGCGACUUGAAAAGCCUCAUCCAGAGCACAGCAGAGAGGCCCCGGGAAGGGACGCACAUGCACCGCUCUACCCUGGGAAAGGAGGCACGGGUUGGCUAUGAUGAGUUCGAGGAGAUACGGCCACAGCCCUCCGCAGAACUCAGAGACUCCCAGGACGAACAUGUCACUGACGGAGAGGACAGCAAUCCCCCGAACCUUGUCCUGGCCGUCUGCCUGUCAGUGUUCAUCACGUUUGUGGUGGCUUUCCUCCUGGGGGUUUUUGCUAGGCCCUAUAUUGACAGAUUACGGUCACAAGGAGGCCUGAAGAAAAGGCCUGGCUCAGAUAACGCCUAUUCCAACGAGGGCUUCUAUGACGACAUCGAAGCUGCCCAACAUGUCCAGCACCAAGGGACAGAGCUGCGCCAAGCUUCCCACCACCUAAACCUUUACGAGAACCAGAACCCUCCCUGGCUGACAGAGCCAGUCCCACAUGGUGCUGUCGUGGCGCAAAGGAUGCUGGGCAGCAGCGGAGUGGCCCUCAGUAGUCAGCAGAGCCCAGUGCCAUGCGAGAACAACCCUGGGCCGAGAAGUGGAGAUGGCAGCGUGUUCCCAAAUGGCCAUGCCAUCCACGCUGCGCUCCGUGGCCUUCCAAACACUGAUACUCACCAGCCAAGGUCAGCAGGGCAAGAUCGCUACGACGUUCUCGAAGAAUCACAUUAUGACACGGUGGCCCAGGAGUAUUCGUCCCUUGACGAUGUGACAGAUGGAUCUUCCAUUGCUAGCCCUCUGAGAGCUUUCCCCAGCUCCACCCACAAUGGCUGGGGUGAACUGCAACCGUCACGGUCAAGAGACGCUGUAGCCUCCUUCUCUAACACUCAAGGGGCUGGGAACAGUAAGGAAAGGGGGUGCCCCGAACCUCCAGAAGCCAUGGGCUCACAGAUGGAAUCUUCUGAGGAAAGGCAGGCGAGCAGUUCCAUUAGGGAGCUGGCCAGACAGCAGCCAUGCCUCCAGGAAGCUGAUGCUGAGGAAAGGCUUUCCAGUGUCUACAGUAAGGUCCUAUACGACGACCCAGGAGAUAUAGACCUGCGCUCCCUUAUGCCGCGAUGGGGCGCUGGCCUUCGUGUCGCUCCUGCUCUAGAAGAGCCUGUGCAGGGAGACGCUCCUUUUGACCCUCAUUAUGAUUUGGAGGCCAACUAUGAGUCUGACUCAGACGAGGGCUCUUUGUUCACCCUCAGUUCCGAGGGUUCGGAGGACAUGAGGGGCUUGACGGAAGAACAGGCAUCUGUUGAGAAUGGUGGGUCCAGUCAGACCCUCCCCAGCAGGAUUUUGGGAGAAUACAAGGACAAUGUGACAGCAGCAGAAAGUGCUGAGGACGUCGCUUCACAAAGGAAUCUAGAGAAAUGUGAAACUGGGGAAGCUCGGUUUGGAAAUCCUCUCAUUUCUGGUCCAGACUCUUGUUUGUGUGAGACACACCUGGAAAGUGGCUCUAACUCCCUUGGCCCUGAGAAUACAUCAACCUGGAUCCAACCCUCAGGCCAUAAGCCGUCACAGUGUGAGACUCAAGGCACACUUAGACAUGAUGGUGACAUGGGGACCCAGUCUGAGUCGGCAAACUGGCACUACUCCCUUAGAGACCUGGAAUUCCCAAAUGUGGACAGUUUGCCAUCACCAUCGUACUGUGAUGGCGACUCCUCAGAUUCUGAGGAGCACUCCACCAGUGAAAAGUAAACACUUGUAAGUGGCAAGCUCCCAUGGCCUGGGGAUAGAGCUCUGUUGGUAGAGCAUUUGCUCGCCAUGCAUAAAGCCCUGGCUUCAAUCCACAGCACUAUAUAAAUAAUAUAAACUGGGCACAGUGGCACAUACUGGCAUCCCAGUACUUGGGAGACAGAGGCAGGAAACAGGCAGUGCUGUGCCCAGUUCACAACCCCCAAAAGACCAGGAAUAGACUCUGCUGUAAAUACGUUUUUGUUUUUUUUUUAAUUGUAUACACCUUUGAAUACAGGAUGCAAACAGGAUGUGGAAACAGGAGAAGAAUGCGGACCCUCGGUCUAGGGGAACAAAGUUUUUAUAGGGCAAAACCACAAGCAGGGACUUACAUGCUUUGGCGUUACAUGAUUGGGUAAGGGAGAUUGACUUUUGAAAUGAUUGGUCCACUUUAGGCGCCAAGACAACAGACAGUUCUGGCCUGGUCAUAUGGGUCGGUUUCCUAGCAACUGUAUAACUAGUGGGCGAGGAAAGAUUGCAUUAAGCUAGUUUCUUUUCCCAGGUGGCUGGACAUAUCUCCACUUGGCUGACCUUAGUUCAGCCUUGUGCUUUAAACUUUAAAAUAACAGCCACUGAUUUUGAAUCCUUUGGUCUCUCAGCAGGGACCGAAACAACUUCUGCGGGGUGGGCAAUAGAAUGUUCUGGCAAAUGUGGGCCCUACUGCUCCAACAAUCAGCUCAAGAUAGAUGUCAGACAUCUACAUGACAGGACCCAGCCUCCCACUCGGAUUCCAGGGUCACAUCCUCAACUGCAGUUACCCAAAUCUGCACAGUCAUCCUGGAGCCUAAACGCCAUCGCUUUUCUUCACAAUUAUGAGCUCCAAAAUCCACCUGUUAGUCAACAGUAUCCUGGUGUCAGUCCAUUAAACCCAUUUUACAGUC